CCCUUUGAUCCCCAUACAUUUCCUUAUUACAAGAUAGUAGUAAAUCCUAACAACCCUUUCAUUAUUAAAAAAAAAAAAUGUCUUCAUCAAAUGAAUCUAAAAUGGCCAUGGCAAAAACAGUCGUUUCCACUAUCGGAUCUGUCGCUGCGACCGCGAUGGUGGUUCGCAGCAUUUCUCGCGAUUACUUGCCACCUGAAGUCCAAGAUUAUUUAUAUCUUGGUUUCCGUAGUUUCAUCAACAAACUAUCCAGACAAUUAACCAUGGUGAUCUACGAAUUCGAUGGUUUUCGAGAAAACGAGAUUUAUAACACGACACAAGUGUACCUUGCAGCUCGUGUCACACCCGAUAUCGGACGUCUAAAAGUCACUAAGGGUGUUAGUGACAAAAAUAUCAGUGUUGCUAUGGAAAUAAAUGAAGAGUUUAUUGAUGUUUAUAAUGGGGUUAAAUUUAAGUGGUCGUUGGUGUCUAAAAAGUCACCAACGAGGGAAUAUUAUGAUCACAACGAUAUGAACGGAUCUUCUUCCAGAUCCGAUCAACGAUCGUUGGAACUUACAUUUCAUAAAAGCCAUAAAGAUCUCGCGUUGAACGACUACUUACCUUUUAUUAUUAACGAUGCCAAAACAAAAAAACAAGAAGAGAAAACCGUGAAGCUAUUCACGGUUGAUCCAAAUAACCGUUAUUCGGGUCUCCCAACCGCAUGGACCCCGGUUAAUCUUGACCAUCCGUCAAACUUUGCCACGCUGGCAAUGGAUGAUGACGUCAAGGAAAAAGUGAUGAAGGAUUUGGAUAGGUUUGUGGAGAGGAGAGACUAUUACAAAAAAGUCGGAAAGGCGUGGAAAAGAGGCUACUUAUUGUACGGUCCUCCUGGGACCGGCAAAUCAAGCUUGAUCGCGGCGAUGGCGAAUCACUUGAAAUUUGAUAUAUAUGACUUGGAGUUGACCGAGAUAAGGUCAAACUCCGAGUUGAGGAGGUUGUUGGUUGGGACCGCUAACCGGUCUAUAUUAGUGGUGGAGGACAUAGAUUGCUCGGUUGAAUUACAUGAUCGGGUGGAUAGAGAGGCUGUUAAAGUAUUUGCUCGAGAAUCUCGUCGCCGAGGUGGUUUUAUCGAAGAACAACAAAGGGUAACGUUGUCGGGGUUCCUUAAUUUUAUCGACGGGUUAUGGUCAAGUUGUGGCGACGAAAGAAUAAUUAUAUUUACAACUAAUCGUAAAGACAAGCUUGACCCUGCACUUCUACGCCCGGGUCGUAUGGACGUGCACAUUCAUAUGUCGUACUGUACCCCGUGUGGGUUCCGAUUGCUUGCGUCUAACUAUCUUGGUAUUACCGAGCACAAAAUGUUUGAAAAAAUCGAGGGUUUGAUUCGUGAGGUUGAGAUUACCCCGGCUGAAGUCGCGGAGCAACUACUUAAAGACGAUGACCCGGAUAUCGUUCUUGGUGGACUCAUUGAGUUUUUUGAUGUGAAGAGGAAGGAGAAUGAAGAGGCUAAAGCUAAGGCAAAGGAAGCAGAGGAAUUGGCUGCAAAAGAGAGUGAAAAGGAACAAGAAAUUGAAGAUAGUGAAAUUGUUCAUGUAUCUACUAACUAAUUACACUACUUUGGAGAUUCUUUUAUUAUGAAAUCAUGAGCUAUAUGACUUGCUUAAUCUUA